CCAUCUUCAACCUUUCUCCUUUUGCUGCUCACCAUGGCGCCUUUUGCGGGGCUUUCGGGUGCUCAGGUCAUUCUUUUAGCUACUCACCUUUGUGUGACCGGUGACGUCUCGCGUCUUCCGCAUCUCCAGGCCCAAUUUCCCCUGUGGCUGCCUCUCGACCGGCUCCUGCGCAUCCUCCUCACCUUUCUCCCGGAGAGCACCGACCCUCAUACCUACACCCCGGUACUUGAGCAACUCGUCAGCGGCUCCUCGACUGAAGCAAUCGAUGGCGAGUGGGAUCUCUCAUCUGUUCAAGGAUUGUCCGAAGACGCUGCCAGGAAACGAGUGCGGAAGCUUCGUCUACUACCGCUGAGACACCCCGACGACGACGACACCCAGGACCCCAACGACCUGUUGACCCUCUUUCUUAUCCACCGUGCACACCGGAUAGACGCGGAAACCGCCCUGCAACCGCUCAUCCUCGACCUGCUUCUCCCGUUCUACCAGCGCUCACCGACAAUUCGAACGUGGCUGAUUUCCACCCUCCUCCCACUGCUGCGACUCAACUACGAAUACUACCCCAGCCAGGAUGAGACCUUCUCGCUGGACAUCCUAGAGUCUAUGGACCAUGACACUGCGAUCAACGUGUUCCUGUCAAUGACCGGAUCGGAGAAGGGCAAUAUGGACUUGGUUCGCAACCUGCGUGGGGUCGUGGGGGCAUGGAUGUACGGCCACAGCCGGCCCAAGAGGCGGAGACUGAAUCCGGCGACACGGCGCAAUUCGAUCUCCGUGGCUCAAAGUGACGCGCAGUCUGUGACCGGCGACCGUGCUGGGUGGCACUACGUGAACGAGUGGCUGCUGUCACGGAGCUUGGUGGAUCAGGACAGCGUGGUCAACGCCUUUGUCAACUGGGACGGUCCCGAGGAUGUCGACCUGGGAGGCUACGACGACGAGACAGAAGAGCGACCGGCUGAAAAGAUGAGAGAACUGCGAACUCGGUAUGGCCAGUCUGGACUGGCAGUUGUCUACGCAAAUGCGAACACGAGUGAGCCCUCCUUGGAAGGGUCUAUACGGAUCGUAUCCCGGAUCGCCCAGCUACUGAACCUGGAGAGCUCUUGCUUUGUUACCCCCGAUAGCCAAACAUUGCCAUCAGUGGUGCUCGAGCUGGACAAGAUCUCCUCAACGACGCGGGUGUCCCUGUUGCAGAACGCCUUAUUACGGGAAUCGAACCCAUUGACUCAUCCUUCGUCCUCGUCGGUCUCGUUCGUCAGCGCUUUAUUGCUUUCUAUGCGGAUACUGCAGAGUUUUGGACACCCUAUCCCAUGCAGGGCGGCUGCCAAUAUAUGCCUUCAUAGUACGAAGGAUGCGCAACUUCUCGAAUUCCGGGGGGUGAUUGCGUCGCUCGUGAAGCAAACCAAGGUCAGCCGGGAUUGGCAGGAGACACGGGAUCAGCUCAUCUGGCUCCGAGACUGGGGGGCCGACAAACGGACGGAUGGGCGUGGAGAAUUCCAUGGCCUUUUCUGGAGACUACCCCAGGAGGUCGUGGAUGCGGAGGUCCUCAAGGCGUUGCUAGAUGUCAGAGAAUACGAUCUGGCCACAGCGAUCUAUGUACAGUCCCAAUCGUCCCUCACCCCCGCCCAGGUCGAAGAUGCCAUCAAGGAAGCCAUCUUUGCGGCAUAUGACAACGCGAGCAACGGGAAUCGCACGCGCGGCGGCAUGAAGAAAGCAUACGAGAUUCUCCAAGCGUUCCAGCCACACUUCCCCGAGUCUGUCAGCUUCAAACAGAUUCGCUCUCUGAUCUCCGCCACGCACGCGCUGUCCUUCUACUCCCUGACACUGCAGCACGGCGUCCCCUUCCAACCCGUCAGCAUCCGCGUGCACGCAGACCCUAUCUCCCUCAUCGAAAAAGUGCUCGAACAAAACGCCAAGGCCUACACACAAGUAGACGACCUCCUCACCAUCGGACGAGACCUAGUAGCAGCAGGCUUCGCGCCUCAAGAAUCCGACCCCACAGACGACGACACCGACGAGCCCACCCCACGAGAAGACAAGAUAGUAACAGUUGAACGCCGCAUCAUCGCACCAACCCUCACCAACCCAUCCAUCAAAGACGACAUCUCCUGGCGAGCCGUCUACGCCGCAGGCCGCUACCGCUCCCCAACACCCACCACGCAAACCCCCCUCCAAACCCAAAUCACGCAACUCUCCCAACGAAUGGAACUCCUCUCCCUCUCCCUCAUCCUGGUCCCCACCCCCCUCCGCGCCCUCGAAUCCGAAGAAGAACACGCCUGGGACACCCGCGCAGACGCCUCCCUCCACCCCACAACCCUCCCAGGCGGCUUCGGCCCCACAGACACCGAACAAGAUGCCUUCGACACCAAACAGCAGCACGCGCGCCGCGCCUCCCGCGCUCAUCACAACCGCCUCCGCCACGCCGAAGACGCCCCCAUGGGCCUCUUCGAAGUCGCCCGCGGCGCCGCAAUGGCCCUACACAAGAACGCCUUCCCCUUACGAGGAGACGUCUCGCAGCAGCACCAGCAGCAGCAAUCUUCUUCUUCUUCUUCUUCGACGUUUCACGCGCGGGCGCCCAGCGACGACGACGACAGCGAUGAGCGCAUGCGCAAACGCGACGUGGUCAGUAAUAUGGUAACGGGGGGGUUGGCGAGUGGGAUUGGGUGGGUAUUGGGUGCGCAGCCUGUGAAUCGAUGAUAUCAUAUCGUUCUUAUCCUUCUGCUUUGGCUUUCUCAUUUUGUGUUUUUAAUACUUCUGUUUACUUUUUUUUCUUUUCUUUGUGUUCUUUUUAAUGAUGAGUAUGAUGAUGGAUUGGUUGAUUGGUUGGUUGAUAUAAAUAUACAUAUUUUAUUCUAU